AGUUGCUAACUGUUCGUGUUAGUAGCAGAAUAAAAUGGCGUCGAAGUACAACGUUCUACCGCCUAUACAAACUGGACAAACUAGAAAUUCUUACUCUUUAAAUAGUUCAAGACGCGAUAGCCCAAUUUCUAAUCAAAGAAGUCGGUCGGUUCCUAGUAAGAAGCAUGUCUCUCAAGCAAAACUUCCUAGCCUUAGGACUAGGUCGGAAUCACCCGAUAGUAUUCCUAAUCCCUACGAAAAUACAAUAUUCGCUAAUUACUUUAAAAAUGAUGAAAAUUUCGUCAAGAGAUCGUCUUCUGAGGAAUGUUUAAAAUGUCUUUUAAAAAUUAAUCACGAUAAAUGCGAAUCGCAUAAAUAUAUACGGGUAGGAGGAGGCUAUAGGCAUAGUUAUUGGUUCGUUAAAGCAAUGCUUGAACAAAUUGAACUUGAAAGACAGCAAGCCAUUUUGAUUAAGCAACGUCUUGAAGCGAUUGACGAAGGAGAUCAAUCCAAUGUUAGAGCUGUAAAAACUUACAUCAGGACAAAGAGUGGUAGACUAGUUGAAAAAAUGGUUUUUCUUACUGAGGAUGAAUUUAAAGAGUUUCUCAAGGGUGGUGAGAAUGCCCAAAGAAUACUAAAGAAAAAUCUUAACAAAGAUGAAGCCGCUGGCCUUCAGUCUUGGGAGAAAGAAGAACAGAAAGCCAUUACAACACUAAUUAGAACAAAGAGCGGGCGAUUAAUUCAAAAAACAGUUUACGUAUCGAGAGAUGAAUAUGAUAAAAUUAGAAAAGGUAAGCUAGAUGUUAAAGACGUUAUGAAAAAAUACAUCAAACCGGAGGAAGGCGUUGUCGAGGGAUGGAAAGAGUCGGAUAUGAAGGCUGUAAAAACGCUAGUCAGGACGAAAAGUGGAAGGUUAGUUGAAAAAACAAUUUUGGUAUCUAAAGAAGACUACGAUCAACUCAAGGCUGGUGGCGAUCCGUCCAAAAUUAUAGGAAAAUAUAUGUCUACUGAGGAUGGUGCUAAAAUUGAAGGUUGGAAAAAGGAUAAAGGCCCAGCCAUGAAGGCUGUUAAAAUCAAAGUACGUACCAAAAGUGGUAGGCUGGUCGAAAAGACUGUACUGAUGUCUGAAAAUGAAUAUAAAGAUUUUAUGGAAAGUGGAGGAGACUUAAAACAGUUGAGAAAAUUUGUUAAACUUGAUAAGGAUGACGUUAUCGAAGCUUUCGAAGAUGCUGGCGAUGUGUACGCCGAUUCGGAAGACGAAGAACAAUUGAAACAAGCUAAAGAAGGAGAAAGAUUUGUUGGAAAAGAUGGUGCUGUCUACGAAGUUUAUGUUGAUCCUCUUACUGGAAAGAAAUACAAAAAAAAAAUCGGAGGUCCCGGUGAUGCUGAUGCUCUAAUGACAAAAGGUAAAGGUAAAAAAGGCAAAGGAAAAGGAAAAGGAAAAGGAAGAGGUCUUGAUGAAGAUCCAAACGAAAAAGGUAUGACCGAAGAAGACAAAAAGAAAUAUAGGCAAGGAAGGCGAAGAAAGGAGAGCAAUGAAUCCUUAUUUUCAUAUAAAUCUUUUGUGUCCGCUGGAGGAACAAGACACGUUAGACGAAAACGCAAAAAGGCUGAUGGAACAUAUAGUGAUAGUGAAAGUUAUCAUAGUGAACUAGAUGCUGAGGGACAAAAAAGAAGACAAAACCGCCGACAAACUCGCAAACAGGCAGCUGUAAAGAAAAAGCUGGAAAAGAUUAAAGCUGGAGGCAGACAUGAUGGAUCUGAUUCAGAGUUCUCUUAUCGGUCUGUUAUAAGCGCUGGAGGUACCCGGCACGUUAAACGAAAAAAGAAACUGGCCAAUGGAACUUAUGGAGACGAAGAAUCGUAUCAUAGUUCUCAAGAUGAAGAAGGUAAGAAGAGAAGAAAAGAAAGAAGAAAAAAGAGGGAGGAAGCGAUUAAGGAAGGUAAAAGGAAUAAGGACUCUGAUUCGGAAUAUUCGUAUAAGUCUGUGGUAAGUGCUGGUGGAACACGACAUGUGAAAAGAAAGAAAAAGCUUGCAGACGGAACUUAUGGUGAUGAGGAAUCUUAUCAUAGUUCUCAGGACGAAGCUGGUAAAGCUAGGCGAAAGGCUAGACGAAAAGAAAGAGCCAAAAAGAUGAAAGUAGGAAAGAGAGACCCAGAUAGUGAGAGUGAAUAUUCGUACAAAUCGCAUAAAAGUGCCGGUGGAACUAGGCAUGUUACACGAAGAAAGAAGUUAGCUGAUGGAACUUAUGGAGAUGAAGAAUCGUAUCAUAGUUCCCAAGAUCCCGACGGCCAAGAUAGACGGAGAAGGAGACGUAGGGAAAGGAAACACGCAGGCAGCGCAAAUUCAUAUUACAGCGUUGUAAGUGCUGGAGGAACGCGUCAUGUUAGAAGAAGGAGAAAGAGGAAGGACGGAACCUAUAGCCGUAGUGAAUCUUAUCAUAGCUCAGACUCCGAAUUUUGGGAAGAUCCAAAAAAUAAAGACAAAAAGAAUAAGAAAAGGCACGGCCCUAGUUCUGCCCAUAGUUAUUAUAGCGAGGUAAGCGAUGGAGGUACAAGAAGAAGAUUUAGAAAGAAAAAGAUUGUUGACAAAGAUGGUAAAGUAAUUGGUUAUGAAGCUGCCGCACCAUAUGAAUCGGAUUCUGAGCAUGAAUAUAUCUACGAUAAGGAUGGUAAACUACUUGAAAAGAGGAAGAAACCCAAAAAUCCUAAAAAUCGGAGAAUUUCACAAGCGUCGAAAGACGGUAAAGGAAGAAGAAAGAAGGGAGGAGGGCCAAAUGGGAAUAUGUCUGACUUUAGCGAGGAUCUUCUCUCUACCGAUUCUGAAGAUGAGCCCGAUCUUACAAAGAUGACAGAAGAGGAGAAACAAAAAUACCUAGAAGAAAAAGCAAAGAGGAAGGCAGAGCGAGAAAGGAAAAGAAAGGAAAAAUACGGCGAAAAUUAUGAAGAAAUGAUGGAAAAACAUCAAAAAGCUAAAAAAGCAUCGAAAGAAGCUAAACGAAAGGCUCAAAAUGAAGCUGGAGAAAUGGAUGACAUAUCAGGUUUUGGAGGUAAAAAGGGAAGGGGUAAAGGGAAGGGUAAAGGAGAUAACGAGAGUGAUACAGAGUCGUACACUGACGAAAAAGGCGUAAGACGAUUAAGAAAGAAGAAGAAUGAAGACGAAGAAUCAGUAUAUGAUUUUGAGAGAGAUACUGAGGGUAAUAUCGUAUAUGGUGCUGAUGGUAAACCAAAACUUAGGAAAAUUGGUACUAUUAAAAAGGGAGGAAAAGGCAUACCAGACUCUGAUGAUGAGUACGAAUAUGUUAGAGAUAAGCAUGGAAAUCUGGUUCGCAAGAAAAAGGACGAGGACGUCGAUGGAUUUGAAUCUGAUGGAGAUUACUUCGAAAGAGAUGCCAAAGGUAAUAUUAUUGGUGUGAAAAAGGGAAAAAAGAAGAUAGACUUGUCAAAAUUAACAAACGACGAGCUACUGGCUUUGGGCAUUGACCCGGACGCUAGUCCUGGAGAAAUUGCCCGUAUUUUAAAAGAUAAAUUCGGUGAUACUAUACGUAUUGUUGAUGGAGGGAAGUUGGUUGGUCAUAAAAAAUAUUCCGAAUACGCUAGAGAUGUACCUGCAGAAGUUUUGGCAAGAGAUCCAGAGUUAGACGUCAAUACCAUCACGCCUGGAAUGAAAAGAGCUAAUAUUCUUUGGAUAAGGGGAGGCAAUGAAAUUCAAGAACACGCUAAAAAUAUGAUUAAUAUGUCAAAAUUAACUGAUGAAGCGCAACAACAAUUGGAGGACGAACGAGAUGCAACAAUCGAUUUCAUCAAUCAUUAUCGAUUGGUUGAAACUGAUAAAGUACAGGGUUACGUAAAAGCUUUUGCAGUUGAAGACUUUGACAGAGAUUAUGUUGUUGACUAUCAUGGCGUCGAGAAAUCUCUAGCUGCAGUUCCAUCUGUCGGUCAUAUAGGCGAAAGGGAGAUGGAAUAUAUCAAACUUUGUUUAGAUAUAACACCGGAAACAAAUUUCAAUUUUAGAAUGUUUGCUGUUAUGACUGCCUUAGCGGAACGAGUAACGCAUAUGGAUCCCCAUUGUAAAAACUUAUUAGAAAUUUCGAAUUUAGCUGAUAUUGAACGCAAGAUGGCACUGUAUAAAGCAAUGUUUUACCAAAAUGUGCAAUCGGAUAGAGAUUCAAAUUACAUUACUGCUGAAUCUCUUCUUAUUGAACUGAUAGCGGGUGGUUUAAGUAAAGAUCAACAAAACUUCAUUAUGGAUCGAAUGCUUCCAAAUACAUUCCGCGAAAUUUCCUUCUUAGAUUAUCUGGCAUAUAUUCCUCUCUUUCUAUCCAUGCAUGACAAUAUGUGCGAUAAUCCUUUAGAUAUGGGGGAAAAGUAUAAACCAAAUAGGCCUGUUUCCCCUCAGAGAGACCAAAAUCCACUCGGACACGAUUUAAAAAAAGAUUCGGUCUUCAUAAAGCAAAAUUAUAAGAAGUCUGAUAAAGACGAUAUGAGAAAGAAAGCAGAAGAUUUAAUUAUUGGAAAGAAAACUCCUGACCCAAGGGAUCAUAUGGAUUUGUAUAAAAAACAUAAUAAACUUCAUCAAAUGAUUGAUGGAACAGAAAGUUUCCCAAAAACUAAAGGAAAGUAACAUUUCCAAAAGCCAAAUAGAAGAAGACGAAGAAAGAGAAUCCUAUAUAUUUCUAUGUCUAAACUUUAAUUAUAAUAAACUGAGAACUGCAGAUAUUCAUAGAUUGCAUUUUUUAUUGUUCAUUUGAAAGCUCAAGAGUGAUAGUUUCUGUUUUUUUUGUGUUUGGUGCUGUGUCUUUUUCCGUCAUCUUUAAAAACAGAGUUUAUAUGGAAUGUGACACUGAUAAACGAAAAGUUUAAAUAUCUACUUUUCUUAUAAUAUAUAUAGUAUAUAUAAGCUUUACAAUAAGUUUAUUAUAUAAUUCAUUUCGUCGUAAAGGAUAAAUUUUAUCUUUUCAGGAAGCGUUUUAGCAGAAAUCAAUUUGUAAAUUGUGCAAAGAGCUACCAUUUAAUAAUAUAUUGUUAAAAUCUCUUAACUGUAUGUAGGCAUUUAGGAUUCUGCAGCUUUAACAAGGCUAUAUCUUAUAAUAUUGGUUUUAUCAUUAAUAACUAUUGUUCCUGAUUACUGCGAGUAUUAAUAAUUACAUCUUUUGUUUUUAAGCGUUUAUUUGUAAACCACAUUUGUUGAUUAAAUAAAGAGAGAUUUAGCUACUUAAUCUCUUAUUACCACUGUAAAAUAUCAAAGUAGUAUGUAACAUUAUCAUGACAGACUCGAUCAAUUACAGUUUAAUGAACAAAAGAAAAUGUCACUUUCAACUAAUUGCCAAGUUUUUU